ACUUUCCUGUUUGUCUAUACCAACACAUGAUAUCGCAGAGGAAGGGUAUUUCGCACUGACACGCAUAUACUGGGUAUUUAAAUUGCAUUGGGCUACACAAUUUAAAGCCUUGCAGCAUUUGGGGUUUUCCUUAACGGAGCAGGGUAGGAUACAACUUUUAGCAGAUCUCUGAAUUAGCUCAGACACCGGAUAAAGGGCAGCCAUGGUUGCAAUGGGAAAGAAGGUGAAGACUUUCGAGAUCGAGUUCAGCGAUCCAAGUAAAUCUUUCUACAUCAGCGGAGACAAGGUGGCCGGCCGGAUUGUCGUGGAGGUAUCCGAGGUGACCAGGGUGUCGGCCGUGAGGGUGGUCGGAGUGGGAUCCGCAAAAGUGGAGUACCUGAAAGGGAAGGAGCGCUGCCGAGAGGAGAUCCCGUAUCUGAGUUACGAAGAAGUCCUUCGGCUGGACGACCAGCCCUCUGAUAAAGAUGGGUCAGUCAUCCUCAGACCUGGCAACAAAUAUGAAUACACGUUUGGAUUUGAGCUUCCCCAGCAAGGGCAGCUGGUGUCUUCCUACACGGGAAAGUUUGGCUCCGUGCAUUACUAUGUGAAAGCCUUGCUGGUCCGACCAUCUCAACCUGCCUUGGAGUGCAGGAAGCUGUUUGAGGUGGAGGAGCCCCUGGAUGUCAACACCCCGGACUUGAUGUCUCCCUCUGGUGGAACGCGGGAGAAGAAGGUCACCUGCAUGUUCAUCCCCGAUGGCCAGGUGUCCCUCAACGCCAAAAUCGACCGGAAGGGCUUCUGUGAGGGCGAAGAGAUCUGCAUCGAUGCUCGCUUUGAGAACACCUGCUCGCGCAUCGUGAUCCCCAAGGCGGCCAUCAUCGCCAAGCACACCUACCAGGCUAAGGGGCGCUCCAAGGUCUUCCAGCAGAAGCUCUCCUCUGUGCGGGGGAACCACAUCAUCUCGGGCAUGUGCGAUGCCUGGCAGGGCAAGACCAUCCGCGUGCCCAAGAUCAAACCUUCCAUCUUGGGUUGCAAAAUCCUUCGCAUGGAGUACUUCCUCUUGAUCUACGUCAGCAUCCCCGGCAGUGAGAAGUUGGUUCUGGAGCUGCCCCUGGUCAUUGGAAGCGGCUCUUCCAGUGGCUUCAGCAGCCGCACCAACAGCAUGAGCAGCCAAGACGGGGGCAGCAGCACGGCCUCCAAUAGCUGGGUGUCCCUGCGCAUGCCCUCCGCUCCGCCCAGCUACUGCGAGCUGCCCCGCGACUGCCGCCUGGACACCCCCCUGCUGGACGAUUACGACGGCGGGGAUAGCCCCAUCUUCAUGAACUCCCAUUUCCAGUUCCCGUCAUCCCCACCGGUGUACGGCGAGGUGGAAGGGGAGUACAAUGGUAACUCAAGGAUGCUGCCCGUCUGCUGAACGAAUAAAGAUCUCCCGGACUUUAGUGCAUCUAUGUCUGGGCCUGUUUCUACUUCAGCACUUUGCUGCAGAGUUCGGGGAGAGUGGGGGAAGGACUGGCAUGCUGAGAAGAACGUAUGCAGUAGGUGAUGGACAGAACCAAGGAGAUGUGUCUUUGUGGGGGUGGGGACGGGUGGCACCCCACCCGUGAAGCAGGGAGGAAGAUAGUGGGGAAAGCAGGAGUCUGAAGCUGGAAGUUUAAUCCUGUGCUAUGAUCCAUCUUUUUCUUGUGAUCCUAUACUAAGCUGUGCUUCUCCACCACUGGUGCUCUUCCAGAAUCAGCCCUCCCUAAGUUGUGAUGGGCUAUUCCAGUUUUCCAAAGAGGCUCCUUUUUAUACAGAGCUGUUCAGGAUGCAAGUAUUUUGCUAGCUGUCAUUCGGUGACCUUUGGUAUCCUGCUAUCCAUAUACCAGGCAUGAAUAGGAGUGUCUCCUUGACACUCCUUGAUGUGUAAGGAGUUUGGGACCUCUGUGCUCGUCUCAAAGCAUUUACUCCUCUGAAACACAUUGCUUUGAAGAUAUAUACAUCAACGUAAUGUCAUUCCAUAAAAUGUCAUUUUUUUUGAAAGGGGAACUGUUUGUCAGUUUUGUUUUCAAUCAUGAUUAUGGUGUUCUAGGGACCUUGUGCUGAAAUAUGUGAUGUUAAGAAGGAAUUGAGCAGAUUGUCUUUGCCUGUGUUUUAGUGUUUGACUUAUAUAGAUAUGAUAUUGCACUUCUGAAUGCAUAUUACUUUGUUACUGUCAAACUUUGUCUUCCACUUGAAGCAAACUCUGUGUUAGGGCAUGUAUCAGGCUCAGGUCUGAAAAAACAAUGUAUGUCAUCUCCGUCCCACUGCACUGAAGCGGUCUGACACGCUGAGUGCCAGACCAGAGAUUGCUUCUGCACUGUGGUCCUGAUACAUGUUCCGGAAAAUCAGGGGCACCCCCGACAUUAUUAUAGAUACACCUGGGGUUUCUCCCAGGAUGCAUUUCACUGUGGGGAGUCGGGGGCACUUUUCAGCACACGCCUUUUAUUUCCUUAUCAAAGCGCAGUGAUUGUAUUGCUGAACUGAUAUUUGUGAAAUAUGCAACUUUGUUUAUAUUUUGUAUGAACAUUUGAAUUGUUUUUUGUAAGAGACCCUGUGGGUUAUUUUUUAAAAAUAAAAAUAAAUUAUACCUAAAUA